AUGAAGAUGAGACGCCACAAACUCUUUCUGACGCUGUGCAUGGCUGGUCUUUGCCUCAUCUCCUUCCUUCACUUCCUGAAGGCCCUCUCCUAUGUCACAUUCCCCAGGGAACUGGCAUCGUUGAGCCCCAACCUGGUCUCUAACUUUUUCUGGAACAAUGCACCUGUCACACCUCAGGUCAGCCCAGAACCUGGAGGUCCAGAGUUUCUGCGGACACCCCUGUACUCCCAUUCACCUCUGCUCCAGCCCCUCUCCCCAAGUCGAGCCAGCGAGGAGUUGCACAAAGCUGAGUUUGUGCUGCCCGAAGACUCUACGGAAUACUUUGUGCACACCAAAGCUGGCGGAGUGUGCUUCAAGUCAGGCACAAAGGUGCUGGAGAAGCCACUUGUGGGCCGGCCAGAGGAGAAGCUCGAGGAAGCUGCUUCCGGGCGCCUAGGCCGGAAGCCUUUGAGUGCCAGCGGGACAAAGCGACGCAAGUGGGUGGAAUGCAUGUGCCUGCCUGGCUGGCACGGGCCUAGUUGUGGGGUGCCUACUGUGGUGCAGUACUCAAACCUCCCCACGAAAGACCGCCUGACCCCACGGGAAGUGCCACGGAGGGUCAUCAAUGCCAUCAAUGUCAAUCAUGAAUUCGACCUCUUGGACGUGCGUUUCCAUGAGCUGGGUGAUGUGGUAGAUGCCUUCGUGAUCUGUGAAUCCAACUUCACCGCAUACGGGGAGCCGCGCCCUCUCAAGUUCCGUGAGAUGCUGCUGAAUGGCUCCUUUGACUACAUCCGCCACAAGGUGCUCUAUGUCUUCCUGGAUCACUUCCCCCCAGGGGGGCGCCAGGAUGGCUGGAUUGCCGAUGACUACCUGCGCACCUUCCUGACACGGGACGGCAUCUCCCGGCUCCGCAACGUGCGGCCCGAUGAUGUCUUCAUCAUUGAUGAUGCAGAUGAAAUCCCAGGCCGCGAUGGUGUGCUCUUCCUCAAACUCUACAAUGGCUGGACGGAGCCCUUUGCUUUUCAUAUGCGUAAAUCCCUCUACGGCUUCUUCUGGAAGCAGCCUGGCACCCUGGAGGUGGUUUCCGGUUGCACUGUGGGUAUGCUGCAGACUGUUUAUGCCAUGGAUGGGAUUCGGCUACGCAGGAGGGAGUACUAUACCAUGCCAGGCUUUCGGCAGUAUGAGAAUAGCACUGGUCACAUCCUGGUGCAGUGGUCCCUGGGUAGUCCGCUCCACUUUGCUGGCUGGCACUGCUCUUGGUGUUUCACACCUGAAGGAAUCUAUUUCAAACUGGUGUCAGCCCAGAAUGGGGAUUUUCCCCGCUGGGGGGACUAUGAAGACAAACGAGACCUGAACUAUAUUCGAGAACUAAUCCGGACUGGUGGGUGGUUUGAUGGCACCACCCAGGAGUACCCUCCUGCAGACCCCAAAGAACAAAUGUACGCUCCCAAAUACCUGCUCAAGAACUACGAGCGGUUUCGUUACUUACUGGAGAACCCUUACCAGAAAGCUGAGGGGGCCGGGUGA